AUGGCUUCCACAACUCGAGGCCCUAUAUUCUCUCAUAUCCUCAUCCUCCUUGUUGCUAUGCUUAACCUGUGCAUUUUGUCCUACGAUGCAGGCAUGAUCAACAACUUGAACAAAGUCAAACCGUACUAUGACUAUUUCAACCUCAAUAGCGACAUUGUCGGUCUCAACGGCGCUAUUAUUAGUGCUGGAUGCAUUGUUGGCGGCCCGCUUGUUGGCCCUAUCGUUGAUCGCUGGGGACGAAAAGCCGGCCUGCUGAUGGGCUCAGUAUGUAUCCUCUUGGGAGUUGCAUUGCAGGCAUCUGCAGGUGGAGUUCCACAGCUCAUCGUCGGUCGCUUCAUCAUCGGUGUCGCUACUCUGGUAAACGGUUCUAUCGCACCCAUGUGGGUGAUGGAGUUGGCUUCACCAAAGUACAGAUCUGCGCUAUCAAACUCCGUCGUUACGUCCGUACCAUUUACCUCGUUUCUCGUAUCGUGCAUGACUCUAGGAAUACAUAAUGCGAAGUCCGACUGGGCAUGGAGAGGAAUCAUGUUUGUGAAAGCAAUCCCAUCGAUUAUCAGUCUCUGCCUCUUGCCAUUUGUUGACGAAAGCCCACGAUGGCUGUUAGCCAAGUGUCGCAAAAAUGAGGCCACCGAGAUCCUCGCUCGGCUACAUUCGAACGGCAAUCAUGAGCAUCCCGUGAUUGUGGCAGAGAUACAGGAGAUUCUCGGUGCUUUGGAGCAAGAAAAAAAGACCAACGGAGGUUGGAAAGAGCUCAUAUGGCCCGUCCCCAACUUGAAGAGGUUCAGCAUCUCUGUCCUGGUGAAUAUAUUUUACCAAAUCUUAGGAGGAAACAUGAUACUGUAUUUCUCUUCCUCUAUAAUAGGAAACCUCCGAAUCGAGAACCCUGCAACUGUCAUCAAGAUCAACGUGGGACUGUUGUUAUUUAAAACCUUCUGUAGCGUGGGUGGCGUAUUUAUUAUCGACUGGAUCGGGGUUCGCAAGCCUCUUAUCGCUGGCACGUCCGCCAUCGUGGCUCUUUUCGGUCUUCUCGCCGGUUUAUCAUACCUUGCCGAUAUCCAUCCUGAUAUCCCCGGAUAUGCUAUCAGCGCUCUGAUUGUUGUAGCAUUGUUCCUCCUAGCGGUCUCUACCAGCUGGAUGCUUCUUGCCUAUACAUACCCUAUUGAGGUCCUCAAAUACUCUCAACGAGCCAAGGGUGUAGUAGUUGCUCAGGCUAUCGGUUAUGCUUUCAGUUUCCUGAACCUCUAUACUGCGCCAGUGGCUAUCGAGAAGAUUGCUUGGCGAUACUACGCAAUUAAUGGCGGGUGGGACCUUGGAAUAUUACUCAUUGUGGUAUUGAUGUUUGUUGAGACCAAGGGCAGGACUCUAGAGGAGAUGGAUGAGCUAUUUGAAGGCGUGGGUUAUAAUGAUGGUAUGACGAUUGGGCAAAACACUGUUGCUAGACUGGAACAGGAGGAAAGUGCUGGAACUGGAAGCAUUAAUAAGAGCCGUUCUACGACCUCCGUUGAUACAGACUAA